AUGUAUGUCGAGAACAGAACGCUGAGAAUUCCAGAGACAGAGAUGAGUUGGAGGCGCAAAAUGCUGGCGACGGGGACGAGCCGUUGCGAGCGUAGCAUUAUAGGUGUCUGGUGUAAGAAUGAUAUGAAAAUGACAUUACAUGCUACAGUUCCCCAAAUUUCUAACGCCACGACUUUUGAUUUGGACAACAGUUACUUGUCUUGCUCAAUGACCAAUAGCAAGCGCCCUUUCAAAAUUACGGUUCUUCUAAGUGGUGGCGUUGAUAACAGUGUCGCACUUCGCCUCCUCCACGCAUCCGGACACUCCUGCACCGCUUUCUACCUUAAAAUCUGGUUUAAAGCAUCUUACCUUAUUGAUGAGUAUAAAUAUGGGUGUACACCUAACCCUGAUGUUCUUUGCAAUACAAGAUUCAAAUUUGGUGCGUUCAUGGAUGCCAUCAGUAACAUGGAUUUUGAGUUUGUUGCUUCUGGACAUUAUGCAAAAGUUAUUCACCCCCUUACAGAUGAAACCAAUGAGCUUUCAUUUCUUCAGCUGUCAAAGGAUAUGGAAGAAGUCCGAAGGUUGCCCGGAAAUUUGAUUUGCCUAACCAAGAAAGAAGGGAUUCAUAGGGAAUAUGCUUUCUUGGGAAGUCUCUGCACUGCACACCAGGUUCUUAAGCAAUGGGCUAAAAGUGGUGGCCUUAGUUACAAUGAUUAUGUUGAGCUUUGUGCUAAAAAAGAGGCUGUCUCCGAGUUAGGAAAAGAGGCAAAGUUAGACAUGUUUGAGCUUCCUGCAAAGAUAAAGCUGCUGCCAGAUCCAUGGACACCUGAAUCCGGAUUAGUGACAGCCGCACUCAAGUUAAAAAGGGAACAAUUAAAGGCCAAAUCUAAGGAUGAUUUACAAAAGCUAUAUGAGUGGUUGAUUUGA